GUGUUGGUAACAGCUGUCGCUGGUAACACUGUGAUAGGGUGCGAGGUGUGAUAGUGAAUGAUGGGUGUUGAGCCCAGGCGAAGUCUGUGAAGUUUGAUUGCGCCGAUCGUUAACCGGAACGUUGUGUCCGUGCGUUGUAUUGGGUGACAUUGAAAGUGUUUCACAAGUAGCGCGAAAUAUACGUUCACCGAUGUUGAAAUGAAGCAGAAGCGCGUCAUGUAUGGCGACCCAGGGAAACUAUGCGAUAGGCACACGCAGUUCGCCCCGCACGGGCUCUGCGCUCCGUCGAAUUAAUGAUCAAUGGCUUUAUUCGAGAAGCGAUACACGAAUAAAGUGCUACUAGAUGAUACAGAGAAGCUGACCAGCGUCAUUGAAAAUGCAAGAACGAUCGACGGACACACGGAAUACGUGAUCAGAACACAAAGAGGUCCAUUACCAGAAAAAUCUUGGAGAGUUAGCAGACGUUACAAUGACUUUGUACAGCUUAAUGCAACUUUAUCAGUAUCAGGCAUUGAUCUGUCUCUUCCUCGAAAAAAAAUUAUUGGUAAUAUGGAACCAGACUUCAUAGCUCAGCGUCAAGUAGCACUACAGAAUUUUUUAAACACAAUACUAAUGAAUCCUAUAUUGGCAUCGUCUCUUCCUAUGAGAAAAUUUUUAGAUCCGGAUAAUUAUACAGCACCAUUACAUGAAAUAGCUCUGCAGCAGGUGUCACUAGCUCUACGCAGUGAUGCAAAUUAUGAAGUUUGUAAAGCCAUUCCUGACAUGGGAUGGCGGUUAAGGAAGCAUUAUUAUACAGUUAAACAUCGUCAGAAUCCCAAACAAGAAUUAUUACUUGCAUGGGUAGAAUUUGGUCCGGAUAAACAUCUACCAGAUAAAGAUAUGCAAGGUGUUUUUAAAAGCUUAGGCACUUUAAAACACAGCUAUAUAGAACCAAUUGUUUACCAACAUGUGACAGAAAAUGGAGCUUUAAUGAUAAGAAACUUUUACCCGACGGGUACAUUGCGCGACACUUUAUGUGUAACUAAACCAAAACAACCGUUUAUAAAAAAAUAUGGAAAUCCAAAUAAAACCAAAUCUUUAACAGUGCCUGAAAUUGCAAUGUAUGGUUACCAGAUUUUGGAAGCUCUAGGAUUUCUUCAUGAGAAAGGCUUACCUUACGGGCACCUACAUACGGGCAAUAUUCUUCUAACUCAAAGGGGUGCAAAAUUAUUAGAUAUUGAAAAUGGUCUGUUAGGUUUGCCUGCAUUUUAUCGGCCUUACGUUGUACAAAGGCGUAAACUUUACGCAACGACCCAGGUGGACGUUUACUCGUUCGGACAUGUAUUGUAUGAAAUGACGUUUGGAAGACCUCUUUUAGAAGCAACCUGCUCCGAAUUACCAUAUUGUGAAGCGACUUUAAAAAAUCUGCUCGAGGUGAUCUUGUCGCCAGAAGAUUUGAAGCAAGAUUUGCCAACGAUACCACGCCUAUUGGACCAUCCGUUUUUCGAAUCAGCCAAACGUACUGCGCUAGGUGUUGGAUCCGUUGAGAGGCCACACUUUAAGUUAAGUAGUCAUUUAAAGGAAGCUCUACACGAAGCAGUGAACAAAGCAGAGCAAAGACUGAAAGAUGAGCAGAAAGUGGCUAGGCAUCAGAAAAGGCUCGCCAAAGUCCAAGAGAUGAUGAGCUCAGAAGAAGAAAUGAAAAAACGGAAACAAAAACUGAAGAAGGAACAAAAACUGGCACAGGAGCAACGUUCUGUGAAUCAGUUGAGUACGAACGGAUUAAAACAAGUGAACGGUAAAAGUCCGGAACGCUCGGAUAGUCCUACAAGUACUUCCACAGCCACCAGCGUCGGAACGUUGACUCCACCUUCUUUGCGUGAUACAGCCACUGGUAAAGGUGCUGUCCCUCCACCUCCUAUACUACCAUCUAAUGACGUAGACGACAACGUCCAGCAGAUGACCAAUGAGCGAGCCGCUUUGCUCGGAAGUAUUUGUAACUUCAAUAAAACUAGUCUUCGCAAAGUUGCUAAUGGGCCUCGUUGAGGCGGUACAUUAGGGAAUAGAUGGAAAACCGAUGAACAAUUUUAUUAUAAUGAAAAACGUGAUCUAUGUUACAAUAAUGCUAUUUUUCUUCGUCGAACAGAUGCAACGGUGUCUAUAAAUUUUAUUUUGGUCGCGGUACUUGUAAGAGUCACAAGAUUUUAUUCUUUUUGAAAGAGUUUUAAAGAUGUACACUCCAUAGGAAAACGAUCAUUAGUGACGUUGAAAGAAUUAAUAUAUUUAUAUAUACAUGGUGUGAUGAAGAACAAUUACCAAUUGAAUAUUUUUGAAUCAGUUAAUUAUUUCUUCUUAGUAUUGAAAAGAUUAAUUACUGUCUCACCAUGUAUAACCACAUGAAAAAUUUGCUAGAAACAGUUAAUAUUUGUCACAUAUUUAGCUGCUGAUUUUUAUUCUUUCAGUACCGUCCAGAUUCGGAUUGUGAUUGUAGACGAAUUAAUGUACGAAAAGAUUUUAAAAAGACGAUCUUUUGUAUAUUGUAACUGUAUAUGUGUAACUGGACACGGUAGUCAAAUAAUCAUGGUAUUUAAAAAAGAAUUUUUCUCUUGAUUCCGUUAGAAUUAAGAGUAAUGGAUUUUAUUCGUGUAACGAUGUCGCUUCCAUGAUUACAAAUGGGUGAUCUAUUAACUGUAAGAAUUACUUGCUCCAAGUCUCGCGAUCAUUAUUUCCAAUGGUUUCGUUUUAUCAUUCUGUUGUGAAUCUUAAAUAAAAAAAAAACAAAACGUUAAGAGAAAGAAAUCGAGAACGAUAAUUCGU